GCAAAGCCCUAUAUACGGGCAGCGUUUCCCCUAUUAGCGCCGCUUCUGUUCCUUUCGGUUUCAGCCCUCCGCCGCCAGCGGCGCUCUCUCCUUCCCCAGCUGCUGAUGCUGCUUCGUCUGGCGGUGCUGGGUUUGCGAAGCUCUCCUAGUUCGGGAGGCGGAAGAUCCGAGGGAACGCCGCGAGAUGGAUGAUGUGUGUGACGAGUGCGGAGAUGUUGGCUAUAGUCAUCUUCUGCUGCGAUGCAUCAACUGCAACAAUGCUGCUAGGCAUAGAUAUUGUUUGGAUGUGAUAAACUUCGAUUCAGCAGUGGAGUGGUCAUGUAGUGAUUGUAUCCCAAGACACAUUGAAGCCAUUAAGUCGCAAGGAGACGCAAAUUGUCAAAGGCAACUAAGGAACACCCAGUUGGAUUGCUCUGUAGUCAAUGAACCAAAUGUGGAGCAAGAGAAGGUAACGAAGGCACGAGGACUUCGUAGAAAUAGACCAUGCCGAGAAAGAGAAGCUAGUAUUGAACAUGUCCCGGGUGGAGACACAUCGAAUCGGGGACGAUGUGUUGAAGAGACAUUAGAUUCUUGUGAAAUCUCUGUCCGGGAUAUACCCAACCUCAUUAAUUGUAAGAAGGAAGGGGAGGAUAUAAAUGGACACUUAAUUUGCACACCGGAGAGUUUAGAUGGUUCAAGUAAUUUGGCUUUGGAUCAUGCUUCAAGUAUUGAACCCAACAAUUUGCAAAAGGCAAUUGGUGGUUCUAAACUUGCUUCAGAUUCUAUGGACUGUCCUGAUCUCCCAAAUGCAAGGAGUGGCUGCUUUGCUUCAUUGAAGUAUGUUGAGGGUUUUGUUCCACCAGGAAGAAAGGGCGAUAUUUUUUCUCUAAUGAAUGAGGUCGAGGGAUCCCGUCCAGUGAUUGUGGAUAAGUCUUGUUCUACAUCGGCAAGUAUGGAGCAAGCAGAUGGUUUAUUGGUAAAGAUAGAGAAAUCUGAACCUUUGAAGUUGGUUAAAGGAUUGGAGGAGACUGUUGUAGCAUCAAAGUUUGCACCAAAUCAUUCAAAGCCGAUGCAAGGAUCAGAUCUGGAGACAGGGAGAGUGGAUGUCUUGAAUCCUCUAGAGCAGCGUUUGGACUCUUGGGCAAUGCCGCUGAUGCAAUCAGGUCCCUCAAAUGAACUAGAAGAUGCGGCUAUUCAGGAAAACGGUGCUGAAAGAACAAUGUGCUUGGUGGAGAUGGAAACCGUUGCCUCUGAAUUGGAGAACCACAAAGGAUCAAAUCCCAAAAUGGCAAAUGAAAGCUUGAGUUGUGGUGAAGGUAACUCAGAUGAAGCAAAUAGAAGAUCAGAUGAGCUUUUAUCAAGCACCAAAUACAAUAAGAUGCGAAGGCGAAUGUGUGUCGCUAGAAAGAUAGUUAACUCUUGCAAGGUAAAUGGAAUUACAGAUCCUGAGCCAGCACAUGGUAACCGAGAUGCAAUAAACCUCCAAUGUAAUGCAGGAAAGACAUCUUCUCUUGCCGUCAAAAAGGUGCCUCUUCAGCUGAUAUUGCAAGAGGAAGGCAUUAACAAUGAGUUAUUGCAAGAGGAAGGCAUUAGCAAUGAGUUAUUGCAAGAGGAAGGCAUUAGCAAUGAGUUAUUGCCUUCCAAGUUUGUUGGUCCAUGUGAGUCAACAAAAAUCAACCCUAGAAAGCGUAAGCAAUCAGAAAAUUACGCUCCUGAUGGAACAAAAUAUCAGAAAGCCUGUAUUAUAAGUGGGAAUGAAAAUGCCAAUGUUGCACGGUCAAAAAGUGGUAGACCAGCACGAACUUGCCAGAACACGCCCAGGAAAGACAAUGGUAGCAAUGAUAAAGUUAUUGGGCACUCAAAGAUGGGAAAAGAUAAGAAAAUUGUUAAGUCAUGGCUGGCUAACAAUGGUAUCCGAUAUUCACGGAAGAGAGGUAUGGUUACAGGUGUCUUGCAGCCCUACUCUCUUCGUAGACGUUCUGUGGACAGAUCAAGACCUUCACGGAAGAGAGGUAUGGUUACCAGUGUCUUGCAGCCCUACUCUCUGCGUAGACGUUCUGUGGACAGAUCAAGACCUUCACAGGAGAGCGGUGUUGUUACCAGUGUCUUGCAGCCCUACUCUCUGCGCAGACGUUCUGUGGACAGAUCAAGACCUUCACAGGAGAGCGGUGUUGUUACCAGUGUCUUGCAGCCCUACUCUCUGCGUAGGCGUUCUGUGGACAGAUCAAGACCUUCACAGGAGAGAGGUAUGGUUACCAGCGUCUUGCAGCCCUACUCUCUGCGCAGACGUUCUGUGGACAGACCAAGACCUUCAGAAAACAUGGAUCUGGCGCUGAUGGAAAGCAGCUGCGCAUUGAAUAAUCCAAGCAGCAGUUGUGCAGCGCAAGCAUCAGGUUUCUCUUCAAAAUCGAAAGAAUUACGCGAGCGCGAUGAGCCAAAGAAACGAAGAAAACUCAUUUUAACUUAUGACGAAGAGGAAGAUGCCGAGGCCUUACAGGCAGAAGAUCUGAAUUCCCGGUCUUGUGAUGAUGAUGAACAUGUGAUGAAGCAAAGAAAAUGCAUGGAAAAUGCUGCAGAGAACCAGAGAAGAUCUGUAGUAGAAGGUAAAGAAGCUUUGGGGUCGGGAAAUUUGAAUCAAUAUUCGAAGAAUCAUAAGCAGGUGAAGAAGCAGAGAAGCAUAGAGGCAGAGGAAGAUGAAAAUGCAUCUGUAAGAAAUCCGAAUGCUGGAUGUUCAAGGAUGCCAGUCAUUUCAGAAUGUAUUGGCGGGCAACCCCUUGAUAUACCUUAUUGGACUGGAAUCAUGAAGAUCAACAAUAACUAUAUUCCAUUGGCUGCACACCUGUCAACCAAAGCAGGCAAGAAGGUGCAGGAACUGUCAAGAUCACUGCCACCAAUAAUGAAAGUGGCCAAGCUUUCUACAUCAAAAUCAUGUCCGCACUUUGAGGCAUCGAUACCUACAGCUGACAGCAUUGGCUUGUAUUUCUUUUCGGGUGAUAUUAGGCCAAAUAAAGAGCUGGAUGAGCUGGUGAAGCAUCUCGCUGAUAGUGGAAGUGUUCUAGAAGCUGUUGUUGGUUUGAGGAAGCUGUUUCUCUUCCCUUCUGGUGUACUACCAGUGGAACAUCAGACGUUCCAAGGGAAACCCUAUCUAUGGGGAAUGUUCAAGCCCAGAAAAGAUAAGAUCAGAAGAUUACCUCCAGUGGAACAAGAUUGUACUGCACAUGUUUCAAAGGAAGAACAUGCCCAAGAACAGCAUGCCUUGGACCAGGAAGACAAGGCGCAAAGCGACACCCUGGACCCGGUCGUGCAUCCCGAGAAUCAACCCUUACUGGAUGCAAACCAACUAGGAAAGGAAGCGUUGUCUGGCAAUGUCCUGCCCCCUGUUGACGUGGGAGCUCUAGUUUCUGCAAAUAUCGGCCCAGCUGAUCAUGGACAGCCCUGCUCAAAUCCAGAAGCCCCGCCACUUAAACUCUGUGGUUUUGUUGUCUCACGGACACCAAGAUCUGCGCAACUCAUCCAGGAGAUGCAGAAGGAAGGUGCAUUACUGUUCGCUGUGCAGAAGGUGAUGACAGAACCUGGCUCAGUGAUAUAGGACCAGAACAUGCCCGUGGCAACCAUGCUGUGGUUUCAGAGGAGCAUACCUGGAGCUGUUUCCUCUUUAAGGAGCGGCGCGCAGCGGUGGUCACUCUAGGGGUAGAAACAGGCUAGCAGUAGACCUGAGAGUUCUUUAGCUUCAGUGUGGGCUCAUUGUGCCUUGCACCUUCUAUGUCCGUCUCCGUUUUUCUGCUAUAGCUAGCCCCUGUCAUGUUGAGGACUGAACUGUGGUGGUGUAGUGGUGUUCGCUCUCUGUAUGAUGUAUUAAGAGCCGACUUAGCUGAGCUUACUUUUCUGUUGUGCAAGUUGUACAAGUUUGAGCCAAUUUUGCUGAUUGUACUGUAAAAGCAUCUCCUCUGUACAAUAUGAUGCGCAAAUUAUCAUCAGUUCAUCGGUUCAUCUUUUA